AUGGAAAUCCACAAAAAGGAUCGUAAAGUACGGACAGCAGUUUUUACGAAAAAUGCUAACGAACUGGAAGUCUUAUUGUCUGCUGCGGAUAAGUCGGCUCGUUCCAUUAAGCUGACCUGGGAAGUAGUGCAACAAAAAUAUUCGGAUCUGCAAAAUGUGGAUGAAAAGGUGUACGAGCUGCGUUUAGAAACAGAUGCCGACGAAAAGGAGCUAGCUGAGGAGAUGGAGAUUCGAGAUACUUAUUUGAAGAAGUACACAAAUCUUAGGCUCAAGGUUGAGGAAUCUAGCUUAGACAACGACAUACACAGCGAGCAUAGUGCCAAUUCUCGAGUAAGCCAGCAUAGUAGUCAAGAACGAUUAGGUAAGCGUCAGUUUAAGUUACCUACAAUAGAAUUCAGGAAAUUCGGUGGAGAUGUUCGAGAGUGGCUAGGUUUUUGGGCCCAGUUUAAAAAAAUCCAUGAUGACCCUGACAUUGAUUCACAUGAUAAAAUCGUUUACUUAAUACAGGCUACAGUACCCGGCAGCAAAGCUCGACAACUUGUGGAAAGCUAUCCUGCUAUGCAAGAAAACUAUUCAAAAAUCAUUGAUAGUCUAAAGGCUAGAUUUGGUCGCGAUGACAUUCUUAUUGAGGUGUAUGUGAGGGAACUUUUAAAGCUCAUUUUGAGUAAUGCCAUGGCCCAAGACAAGAUGGAUAUUUCCACUCUCCAUGAUAAGAUUGAAAGUCACUUACGAGCUCUUGAAACUCUAGGAAUAACAAAAAAUAAUUGUGCUUCGAUGUUAUUUCCCUUGAUCGAGUCAUGCUUACCUGAAAAUCUUUUAAGAGCUUGGCAACGUUCGGCUCAAUACGUGAGCAGUCUAAAACAGAAAACAGAGAUUUCCGAUGAAGAAUCACCUUCUGAAAGUCGUUUAGAUGGGCUGAUGAAUUUUUUAGGAGUUGAAGUAGAAAACGAACAGCGAAUUUUGCUGGCUACUGAAAGUUUCGGACUCAACACGAUUUCUUCAGACAAAAAACUAUUUCGGUCAGAGAAAGUUAAACAGAAAUUCGGGAACAAAUGUACAGAUGAGCGGACAGCAACUGCCGCUGGACUUGUUAAUUGUGAUAUUACUACCAAAUGCACCUUUUGUGAAGGUUCGCACGAAACUGAAAACUGUUUUAAGUUCAGAAAACAUUCUUUAGAAGAAAAGAAGAGCAUUCUUUCAAAAAGGGGAGCAUGUUUUAGAUGCCUAAAGAUGGGACACUUGGCAAGAAAAUGCCAUGCACGAGUGAACUGCAUGGUAUGCAACAAAUCACACGUUACGAUGAUGUGUCCAGAAAUACUGGCUAACAAAGCGAAAAAUGAGGCUUCUUUGAUAGCAGAAGAGGAAAAAGAGAAAAAAUCUACUGAACAAGCGCUAUCGUGCCAAACUUCCUCGCAUGUUUUUAUGCAAACAAUUAGAGUAACCAUAAGCAAUGGUUCUGCUUCAAAAGAAAUUCGAGCGUUGAUGGAUACGGGAUCGCAGCGAUCAUAUAUCUUGAAGGACACCGCUAAAGAACUAGGUUAUGUUCCAUUUAAAACAGUAACAAUCACUCAUGCUUUGUUUGGAGGACAGAAAACAGAGGAGCAAUCUCAUAAUUGUUAUAAAAUUAGAAUCGGCGAUAACAAUUAUAAUUGCACCAUGGAAAUGUUGGAUCAAAAUCAAAUUUGUAGCAGUAUCCAGCCAAUACAUUUCGGUGAGUGGAUUGAAGAAUUGAAGGCGAAAAAUAUUCAUUUGAGCGAUGUAGGCAGUCAGGGACCUAUAGAGGUGUUACUCGGAGCCGAUGUAAUUGGAAAAUUAUAUACUGGCCGUAGACACUUGUUGAAAUCCGGACUAGUCGCUGUAGACACCUUGUUGGGUUGGACUUUAAUGGGGAAAGUUCCUAAUGCGGAGAGAAGUACGAAUUUAGUAAGCAUGUCCAUGUUAGUCAAAGAUGCGCCUAUUUCCAACUUAUGGGCACUGGAUGUGUUAGGUAUUACCGAUCCGGCUGAGACGAAAAACAGACAGGAAUUGGCUUUAGCGGCAAAGGAAAUGUUUCAGCAAACAGUUAGAAUUAACGAGAUGGGCAGAUAUGAAGUACGACUUCCAUGGUUAGAAGGCCAUGCCCCGUUGUCGAGAAAUUACGAUGUUGCGAGAAAAAGAUUAGAUUCGACUACAAAAAAGUUGAAAAGAAACCACAUAUUGGAAUCAUAUGACCAUGUUUUCCAAGAAUGGCUUCAGGAAGGAAUCAUAGAAGAGGUACCCAAUAACGAGUUAGGAAACGAAGCUGCUCACUAUUUACCACAUAGAGCCGUAAUCAAAGAAAACAGCACUACGAAGAUACGGCCUGUGUUCGAUGCAUCUUCAUGUGAAAAAGGAAAACCUUCACUGAACAGUUGUUUAGAAACUGGACCCAAUUUGAUAGAAUCUAUCCCUUCAAUACUGUUGAGAUUCAGAUUGUAUAGUUUUGGAGUCAUAUCUGACAUAAAGAAAGCCUUUCUGCAGAUCAGCUUGAGUCAAAAGGACAGAGAUUUUGUCAGGUUUUUGUGGAUAGGAACGGAUGGCGAAGAAAUAACUUAUCGACACAAACGUGUGGUAUUUGGUAUCAGCAGCAGUCCAUUUCUUCUUGGUGCAACUAUUGAACAUCAUCUUGCCUUAUGUAGGAAAAAAUUCAGCAGAACUGGUACAUUUUACUCCCCAGAAACAAUAGAUAAAUUGUCUGAAAGCUUCUACGUCGACAAUUGUGUUACGAGCCUGGAAGACGAAGCUUCAUUGAACCGCUUUAUAAGUGAGUCCAUCGCUGUUAUGAACGAAGGCAGUUUUGAUCUCAGAGGGUGGGAGUACACACAAGGAAAAGAUGCCUCAACGGAAGUUGAGCCUAUAUCUGUGCUUGGAUUGUCUUGGUAUCCGAACAACGAUGUGUUAGCGAUCACUAAAAAUUGCAUCGAAGCGAGCUCUGGGGAUCGAACGAUAACCAAAAGACAGAUUCUUUCGAUGGCACAGAAGGUUUUCGACCCUAUUGGCUUCACUUGUCCUACAUCUUUAUACCCCAAACUAUUAUUACAGAAAACAUGGAAGCAAAAGCUGGGUUGGGACGAUCCUGUAGAUGAAGAACUUAAACAUGAUUUUUGUGCGUGGAAUAAAGAGCUCGAUUUGUUGACAUCCAUCAGAAUACCUAGAUGUAUUAAGUGGGGACUAGGAAAUAAUAGAAGAUUUAGCUUACAUGUAUUCUGUGACGCGAGCAAAGAUGCAUACGCAGCAGUAAUUUAUUUAAGAAUAAAAGAACAUGACCGAGUUUAUGUAAAUUUGCUGACGGCCAAAGCUAGAGUAGCUCCUCUAAAGAAAACAACAAUUCCGCGAUUGGAAUUGUUAGCAGCCACGAUUGGAGCUAGACUCUUCCAUAGUGUUAGAGCUGAAUUUAAACGAGACAUGGAAUGUUAUUUUUGGUCAGACUCAUCCACUGUGAUAUCAUGGAUACGGCGAGCGGAGGAGUGGUCAACAUUUAUUUGGAACCGAGUCCAAGAAAUCAGAUCGUUAACUUCAGUAGAUUCUUGGAGACAUGUAUCAGGUACACAAAAUCCUGCCGAUCUCCCAUCAAGAGGAUGUUCUGCUAGACAAUUGGUUGAGUCAAAAUGGUGGGAGGGACCUCAUUGGUUGUACUUAGAACCAGACAUGUGGCCUAGCUGUCCCAUGGUAUGUGACGAAGAAGAGAUUAACCAAGAGCGAAAGAAAAGACUUGUCACGUCGUUGGUUAACACUGACACUACAGAUUGGCAUCUUGGUUAUUUUUCUAAAUACAGUAAGACAAUCAGAAUGAUUGCAUGGAUUUUUCGAUUCAGAUAUAACUUAAAAAAUGCUCGAAAUAAACGUCAAGGAUUGCUGACUACCGAGGAAAUUGAAGAGGCUGAGACAUUUAUUCUGAAGUUAAUUCAAGAUGAAGCUUUUCCUGAUAUUAAUGACAAACGAAUCGGUACCUUAAAUCCAUUUUAUGACCAGUUUGGAUUGAUUCGUCUAAAGUCAAGAAUAUCUCAAAGAAAAGAUAUAAAGGACUUUUGCUAUCCGAUAUUGCUACCCUCAAAAAAUCAUGUGGUAAAUUUGUUAAUUUCUGACUCUCAUAUAAAUUCUUUCCACAUCGGAACACAAGGUCUUUUAAGUCUCAUGCGAGAAAAAUAUUGGAUACUCGGAGGAAGAAGAACCAUACGGUCGGUAAUAAACAAAUGCUCGAUUUGCAGACGGUACAGUUCGAAACACUUUGAAGAAAACCCUUCAGUUUUACCUGUGGAUAGAGUGAAAGACGCCGCGGUGUUUGAGGUGACGGGCAUUGAUUUUGCAGGACCACUUUAUUUGAAGACGGGUGAAAAGGCUUGGAUUUGCUUAUUCACAUGUGCGGUGUAUCGUGCUGUACACCUGGAACUUACUACAUCUCUUUCUACUUCAGAAUUUGUGCAAGUUCUUCGGAGAUUUAUCGCAAGACGAGGGAGACCGAGACUCAUUUAUAGCGAUAAUGCUACCAACUUUGUCGGUGUGGAAAAUUGUUUCGAAAAAUUAAACUGGGACAUCAUCAAUGAUUUUAGUGCUGCUCAACGUAUUAACUGGCGUUUCAACCCUCCUGCGGCUCCAUGGUGGGGAGGAUUUUGGGAAAGACUCAUUGGAAUCCUUAAGCAACUGCUACGUAAAGUUUUGCAACGCGCUUCUUUAUCAUAUGAAGAAUUAUUGACUAUUAUUUGUGACUGCGAAACUAUUGUGAACUCCAGACCUCUUACAUAUGUAUCUGAUGAACCUUCCGAAUUGGUGCCUUUGACUCCUAAUAUGUUUUUACAAGAUAUAGUAGAAUGCGGAGUUCCUGAUUGUGAUGGCGUGGACAGAGACUCUUUGAAGCGACGUAUCGCAUAUAGACAAAAGCUACGAGACGCACUACGUGCACGUUUUCGUAGUGAAUACUUGGGACAACUAAAGCUCGCGAAUAAUAAAGCACCUUCGAGACCUAUUUUUUUAAAUGAAGUAGUUCUUGUUGGAAACGAUAAAACGAAGAGAUUGGACUGGCCUUUAGGACGAGUUAUCGAAUUAAUCCCUGGUAGAGAUGGUAAAAUUCGUCUUGUUCGUCUUCAAACCGCUUGUGGCCAACUUUUACGCCCGAUACAAAGAUUAUACCCUCUGGAGGUAAUAGAUCAAGAGAUUUCUGCCUAUCAAAAAUAUGAAAAAGCUAGUGCUAGUGCGGGACUGAAAACCAAAAGCAGAGUACCCGAAAACAUCUCCAGAGAAUGUGCGGGAGUGAAAAGUAAAGUACUUAGAAGUGAUAAAGAUGAAUCUAUCAAACUUAAAUUUAGUCGAAGUGGACGUAUAUUAAGACCUAAAAGGUUCCCUUAA